GGUCUGAAACUAACCAGGUAGCCCAGGCUGGCUUUGAAUGCAUGAUCCUCCUGCCUUAGUCUCCAGGGGACUGGGAUUAUAGGCAUGCACCACCAUGCCCAGCUUUUUAUUUAUUUUAUAUGGAGAAAUAACACUGUAUGUUUUUUAUAUGUAUGACAUUAUGUCAUUAUGCUUUGAAGUACACAUUGUGGAAUAUUUGAUCUAGAAUAUUAACAAAUGUGUUCCCUGAAACAGUUAUCAUUUUGGUGGUAAGAGCCACAACAGCUAUUCUGUAUGUCCGAGUACAAUAUGCAAUCAUUAACUCUUCGCUCCUAGCUGUAAAUAGAUCCCUCGGAAUUUAGUCAUUGAUCUAACUGCUAUCAACUGUUUUCAUUUAGCUGAAUCCAAAUAUGAAUGUAUCAUGGGAUUUUUCAAAUCAUCAUCCCAUCAGGAGUCCAGAGCCUCAUUUUAUUUUCAGAGAAUUCAGUGCAGUUGUGAGAGUAGUGAAAAAACAACUUUAUACCAAGGAUCACCAAGGAUUCCUAAACUCAGAACUUUUAUCCUGACAGUGAAGAGCACCUUUGUCUGGGAAAUACACAUUCUGCAAAGAUCUUGGUGUUGUCCUCUAACAAUAAGGAAUUUAUAUUUUUCAAGACAUGAGGGAGGAAGGAGUGACUUAUUCUGAGCUGAAAAUUCAAGCUCCAUCCCAGCUGCCGAGGAGAGUCCCUGAGUUAGCCAAACCUCAAGGGAACAUCUGUUUGGAACAUCUAGUAGCAGAGAGGAAUUCAGGAAAUCUCACCUGCAACCAGGAAACAGGUCCACAGAUUUCAGGAGAUUCAAAGAGUCAACAGUCAUUAACAAAUGUUCAAGCUUGGAAGUGUCACCCUUGUGAUGAUAGCUGGCACCAUCACGGGAGCAACUGCUACUGUUUUUCUAAAAGUUUGACUCCUUGGAGAGAUUGUGAACUUCGCUGUGCAACUUUUCUUUCAAAAUUUCUUAGAUUAAAUGUUGAAGAAGAGCUGGAUUUUGUAAAAAAAAAUAUCAAAAAUGCAAUGUUACAUGCACUCAAAAAAUUUUGGAUCAGCUUAUAUGACAACAGCAGCCAAUCAAAAUGGACUUGACUAGAUGGCUCAACUUUUACUGU